UUGCACUCUUCAGACUUCCUCCUCGGCGAGUUUUUUCAUAAACAAAACCGCAUUUUUCCCUCCGUUCGGGGCCGCAGCGUUUCGCGCCCGCGUUGAAGGAUCCCGGCUCCCGAUUUUAAUAACCGAGCACCGCGGAGGAAGCUGGAAGUUCCGGGUUUCCGAUCCGAAGAAGCGACGCGGGGUGAAAGGGUUCCGCGCUGCCCGUUUGUUGUCUUUGUCCCCGACUCGUCAGCUGGAAGCGACACCCACCUGCCGUCCGCACGCUACCUGCUGUUGUUGUUUUUUUUAACUAGAUGCUUUUUCCCCUGUCGGGCAUAUUGGUCCACUGCGCAGCCGGCGAGGAGCUUGUUUUUCAGACAUGGUGAAGCUGACGAAGGCCAAGACGUUCCAGGCUUACCUGGACUCCUGCCACCGGCGCUACAGUUGUGUGCACUGUCGCGCCCAUCUGGCAAACCAUGAUGAUCUCAUCUCCAAGUCUUUCCAAGGAAGUCAAGGCCGAGCCUACCUCUUCAACUCUGUGGUGAACGUCGGCUGUGGUCCUGCGGAGGAGAGGCUGCUGCUCACGGGGCUUCACGCAGUUGCCGACAUUUACUGUGAAAACUGUCACACCACGCUGGGCUGGAAAUAUGAACAAGCCUUUGAGCUUAGUCAGAAGUACAAGGAGGGGAAGUUCAUCAUCGAGCUGUCCCACAUGAUAAAGGACAACGGCUGGGACUGAGAGGGAGACCCUCGUCUUUCAUCAUGACUUUUUUUUCAAAGGUUGCAUCCCCCUCGACAUAAAAGGGUUCCAGUGUAGCUUCCUCAUCCCGCGUACGAGCCAUCGCCGUGUCACACUUUCACUUCGUGCGGCUUCGCCAAGAAUAGCAUGUGAUGCCUUAUCUUUUUCUGCUGUUCAUGUUUCCCCAGUGACCUCAACAACACGUUUGCUGGUCUUGCUAUCCAGAUUGCUAGCGGUGCUGGGACACGGACCGAAUGAGUGCAGGGUUUGUGUGUGUGUGUGUGCGUGCGUGCGUGAGAAAGGCUGGGAGACAUAGUCACACAGGGAGGAGUGCGUGUUGGAUUUUAAAGCGUGCGUUUGAGUGAUGAGCGCUUCAGUCUUGCUGUGUGGGGACGAGGCCACUGCUAGUCAAAUAAUCUGACCGUACAAAUCAGACGCAGGUAUUCGAGGGUUUUCCUCCCUGCGUUUAAGGUGAACGUUUAGAGACAUCCGGCCCCAAACUAAGAAAAGUAUACAGGCCUGUUUGACCCUUAGAUCACUUUGGAGUGAUGACAAGUCGUGGAAAUGCUUAAAGCAGUAAGAGUUUAUUUUUUAUUUUAUUUUUAUCCGUGACAUUCAUAUUUUUUUAUGGUAAGAUCUGAAACAGUUCAGAUUUAGCUGAAGGCAAUCAGGAUAUUGAAUUAGUUAUCUUAAAGCCCACAAAAGUCUCUUGCAGGAAUUCUUAAAUCUGUAUUUUAGUGUGAAUGGAGUGCGUGUUGAAAUGUCUUAGCUGGAUGGUGUAGAAGCGAGGGGUCGACAUCUAGAGAGACAUCUCCACUUUUACUUAAUGCUGAUAAGAAUUAUCCUACAUGUGUUUGUGUGUAGUCUAAUACGAGCUGCCCCUACCGAUCCAUUCACUCAAUCGUGUUAGAGGAAAGUGUGGUGAGGACUAUGUAGCAUAUUUAUGGUGAUUAUUUUUAUUUCUGCUUCUUCCAUUAAAUGUGUAUUUUAACCUAAUCUUUCAUUAAAAUACAGUGUGUCUGUAACCUGCGGUCA